CCUCCGUAUCUCCAUCGCCUUGUAUACUUGAGAGGACAUUGCGUCUUCUUUCUUUCUCAUCCUACUCCUUGAUCCCCUUUUCCUUCAAAAAAGUCCCAUAGAUUGUCCUCCGCCUCCUAGCUGUUACUCUAUCAGCUCCCCACUAAUCCGAAGGUCUACUCCACCACGCAAUCUAACCCCACGACUGUGCCCCGCGAUAUUCUCUCUCAAGCACCAUGUCGACGCUCAACGAAAUCACCUCGGACGCCGACUUCUCGGCACACACCUCCUCUCUCCCUCCAUCGGCCUUACUAGUCCUCUACUUCCAUGCGCCAUGGGCAGCUCCCUGCGCCCAGAUGCGCGCCGUUCUCUCCGCCCUCGCCUCCCAGCACCCCGUCACCACCCCGCCCACCGUCUCCUUCGUGAGCAUCAACGCCGAAGAACUCCCCGACAUCUCCGAAGAGUACAACGUCACAGCAGUCCCCUACGUGGUUCUUAUCCGCAACGGCCAGAUCCUCGAAUCCAUUAGCGGCAGCGACGCCGUCAAGGUGCGCGAUGCGAAUGCCCCUGCGGCUGCUACGCAACCGCCCGCUCCCUCGACCCAGGCAUUGACGCCCGAGCAGUCCAAGGAGGCGCUAUUUGCACGGUUGGCGGAGCUGGUGAAGGCUGCGCCGGUUAUGCUCUUCAUGAAGGGCACACCUAGUGCGCCGCAGUGCGGAUUCAGUCGCCAGUUGGUUGCGAUCCUGCGGGAGAAGAGCGUUAAGUACGGGUUCUUCAAUAUUCUGGCCGAUGAGGACGUCAGGCAGGGGUUGAAGGAGUUUGCGGACUGGCCUACAUUUCCUCAGUUGUGGGUUGAGGGGGAGCUGGUUGGUGGAUUAGAUAUCGUCAAGGAAGAGAUCAACAACGACCCUGAUUUCCUGAGCCAGUUCUCCGUUAACAAGGCUCCUGCUACCGCUUGAAGAUAUGACGGGUGCCCCUUGGUACAUGAUGCAAACUUCCCUUGAAACCCAUUUAUACUCCCAUGUAUUCCCUCUUCGUUAGACUUGAGAUUUAGCAAUGAUGAAUAUAAUCCUUUUUCGUGUUGAAAUACAACUACACGUGUACAGUUAUAUGCUUUACCUCGACCAUGUAUGCGCCGCGGAAUUGAGCAUGGCAGGUAUCGGAAGGAUGAAUAUUGUCUGAUAACCCGCCACAGUACA